AUGGCGACGUCUAGAUGCACUGCGCCAUUCACGGCGCUCCCCCGUCGCAUCGCGUCUCCCGCGGGCGUUUUCCUCUCGCUCAUCUCGCUCCUUGCGUUGAUCAGCGUCGCCGCGGCCUCCGAUUUCCGUCCGUACCGCGUGCGCGCGCUCACAGACGCGUCCUUCGAGCACGAUACACAGGCAUCGUCGGGGCAGACCACGGGCCGAUGGUUCGUUCUCUUCGCCACGUCAGACUGCCUGACCUCUUCUGACUCCGCGUCGCCAUGCCACCGCAUCCUUGCGUCGCUUAAGGAGGCUGCUUCUUCCGCGGACGACGUGCCUGGCCGGCUCUUCAUUGCCGCUCAGGUGGAUGUAGACGCCAACCCGAAGCUGAAGAAGAGGUUCGGCGUCGGUUCCGAGCCUGUCCUCAAGCUCUUCCGAGACCGGGCCAUGUUCUCCUUCCCCCAAGCCUCUCUCCCGAGCCUGAUCAGCAGGCACGGGAUGGGUGGCGGAUUGGACGACACAGGGGAUGAAGGAGAUGACGAGUUUGAGGGGGAGGGGUACGCAGCAGCAGCAGCAGCAGCAGGAGCAGCAGCAGGAGGAGGAGCAGGAGGGGAAGAUUUGGCAGCGGUGUUGCGGCGGUUUGUGCGGGGGGCUUACAAGGAGGUGGGGGAGGAGAAAGUGCCGGGCGAGCCGACAGCCAUGGAUGGGAUUGUUGAACUGUUGGCCAGCGCGUGGGAGCAGUACCAGGCGUUCAUGCGGGUGAGUCGCUUGGGAGGGACAGCAAAGGAAGGGUGGUAUGGGAGUGGUAUGGGGGGGGAUGAGGUGGGGGAGGGGAAGGAGGGUGGGGGAAAAGGGGGGGGGGGGGGUGGGGGGGAGUACAGGGAGGUGGGGGAGGAGAAGGUACCGAGGGAGCCGACAGCCAUGGAUGGGAUUGUUGACUCCCCGGCCGGGAUGUGGGAGCGGGAUGUGGGAGCGGGAUGUGGGAGCGGGAUGUGGGAGGCGUAUCACGCGAUCAUGCAGGUGAGUGAUGGCCUGGAGUCAAUUCACCCCUCUGCUGUGCCUGGCCUUCACAUGGCAUGGGAGCAGUACCAUGCGUUCAUGUUUUGA